AAUCCUCUGGGUUUUAAAUCUUUUUAUUUACCCUGUAAUCCUGAUUUUCCAGGUGUGAUUCUUUUACUUUUUUUUUUAAAUGAUAUUUUUCUUUUAAGAAGCUGAUUGAUGUUCAGUGUCCUAAAACCCAGGGAUUUGAUCUGUGCUCACUCUGUUAAUCUAUCGAUUAGUAUAUUAUUCUCAAGUCCCCUCAGGAAAGGUAGUGAAGGGGCUUGGGGUGAUAUUUCUGGGGCAGGGGGGAUAGGGCUCCAAGUGGUCCCUCCCUGAAUGUUUUUUAAAUCACUUGGUGGUGGCAGCAACACUGUCGUAGGACAAGGAAAGGAAUUUGUGCCAUGGGAAAGUUUUAAAUGUAAGCUGGUGGAAUAUUAGCUUAGGGGGUCUUCCAUGAAGGUCCCCACAUCUGUACCCCAGAGUUCAGAGUGGGGAGGAACCCUGAAACAGAGUGCUUCUGGUUUUAUGGUCCCAUGCGAGAGGCAGUUGUCACAUAACAAAGUUGUUGAUGGUUUCUAUGAUUCUCUCAACAAAUGCAUUCCAGUCUGAGCUGACACUCCAGUUCUCACUGAUUUUCUCUUUUCCUGUUAGUUACUGGAAGCUGAAGAGAAGAUCCAAGCGACGGUACAUGACGCCAGCUGAAAAUCACACUGUUUUUCACCCUGUGACCUACAUCCUGACUGGCAUCCCAGGUACGGAGGAGUAUCAUGUCAGGAUUGCCAUCCCCUUCUGUCUGAUGUACGUUACAACACUUUGUGGGAACUCUCUCCUACUAUUCAUCAUACUAACAGAACAAAGCCUCCAUGAGCCCAUGUAUCUUUUCCUGUCCAUGCUGGCCACUGCUGAUCUCCUGUUAUCUACAACUACAGUGCCCAGGAUGCUGGCUCUAUUCUGGUUUAGAGCAGGGGAAAUUUCUUUUGCUGCCUGCCUGACCCAGAUGUUCUUCAUCCAUGUCAGUUAUAUUGCUGAGUCGGCCAUCCUGCUGGCCAUGGCUUUUGAUCGGUACGUUGCCAUCUGCGACCCCCUGAGGUACACCGCCAUGCUAACCAAGUCUGCAAUUGGGAAGAUGGGGCUGGCAGUUGUCACAAGAAGUUUCUGUAUCACUUUCCCUUUCAUCUUUCUCGUGAAGCAGCUGAAGUUCUACAGAACCAACCUCCUGCCUCACACCACUUGUGAGUACAUGGGCAUAGCCCGGCUAUCCUGUGACGACGUCACAGUCAUCAUCUGGUAUGGCUUAGCCAUAGCUAUUUUCGUAAUUGGGUUGGAUGCUGUGCUCAUUGCUAUAUCUUAUGUAUUGAUCCUCAGGGCCGUCUUCCGGCUCCCCUCCAAGGAUGCCCGGCUCAAGGCUCUCCGUACCUGCAGCUCCCAUGUCUGCGUCAUACUGAUGUUCUACAUACCAGUCUUUUUCUCCUCUUUUGCACACCGAUUUGGGCACAUCGUCCCAGGUUAUAUUCUCAUCCUACUGGCCAACCUUUACAUACUCAUUCCCCCCAUGUUAAACCCCAUCGCUUAUGGGGUCACAACAAAAGAGAUCCUGAAAUGCGUGAUCAACAGGUUUUAUCGAUCCUGCUGCAGAAGCUCCUUGCUGAGCUAA